UUGUGGAUAUUGUGUCCUGCGGUUUACACUGUGCUGCUGUGAGGACGGCUGUAUUGCUAGCGUUAUGACCCGGAGCUGAUUAAAAAAGGCACGCGGUAUGUAACUGACCAUCAGACCAACACUACACUCAUUAGGUUAAUUGGCUGCUGUAGCAGAAGGCUCUGCCAUGGCAGCAGGUGUCACUCUGCUGAGGGACGUGCCCUACUCCAACUGCAGCAGCACUGCAGGGAACAGUGCAGAGCACAUCGCUGACAUGGAGCCAGAUUUCAGACCAAGUGUCAGAGUUCCCACAGCAAAAUACACUAAGGUGGGCGAGACCUUGAGGCAUGUAAUCCCAGGCCACAUGCAGUGCUCCAUGGCAUGUGGAGGACGAGCUUGCAAGUAUGAAAACCCAUCUCGCUGGAGUGAUAAAGAACAGGCCAUCAAGGGACUUUACUCCUCUUGGAUUACAGACAACUUAUUAGCUAUGGCAAGGCCUUCUACUGAGAAUAUUGAAAAAUACAACAUCAUCAACCAGUUUUUGGGAUGCGGACUAAAGACCAUAAUUAACCUUCAGCGCCCAGGAGAGCAUGCCAGCUGUGGCUAUCCCCUGGAGCCCGAGAGUGGAUUCACCUACCGCCCAGAGGUCUUCAUGGAAGCAGGAAUCUAUUUCUACAACUUUGGGUGGAAAGACUACGGGGUAGCCUCCCUUACAACAAUCCUAGACAUGGUGAAGGUCAUGUCUUUUGCCGUGCAGGAAGGGAAGAUGGCUAUUCACUGUCAUGCUGGGCUUGGAAGAACAGGUGUUCUCCUUGCUUGCUAUUUGGUUUUCACAUCACGGAUGAGCGCAGACCAGGCCAUCUUGUUUGUGCGAGCAAAACGUCCAAGCUCAAUACAGACACGAGGCCAGUUACUGUGUGUGCGUGAGUUUGCACGCUUUGUAGCACCACUACACUGUGUGUUCUCAAGAGUCGAACCACGAGCACACGAUAUCACGUUGUCGCAGUACCUGGCGCGGCAGCGACACCUGCUGCAUGGCUAUGAAGCCCGCCACAUGAAAUACGUACCAAAGAUAGUCCACCUGGUCUGCAAGCUCCUGCUAGACAUUGCUGAGAACAGACACACAGUAGAGGAGAAAUACCUGUCUGAGAUUCCUGACCUGACAGCUGAGGUAGAGAAGACCAUAUCACAGCAGGCCUUGCAGCAGCUAGGAAAGGAGAUGAGGGGGAAGGGCAUCCUUUUAGCUAUGCCACACUCCUUUCAAUCCUCUUCUCCUCCUCCUGAGCAGUGUGAGAAUGUAAAUGAUGCUAAUAAAGGUCAGAUUUUGCGCAGCUUUAGCGACUCCGCUCUGCACACUCUAGGCUCCAGGGAAAUCAGAUGGCACCUUGGUAUGUCAAACCUCCUGAGUGAGCACUGUGUAUCCCAGAGCAGGUUAUCAGAAUCUGCAGAUGUUCGAGUCUCCAGACCUCUGUCAACUCCAGAAAACUCAAACUCCAAACUGGACUCACUGGCUGGAUCUUCAGCCUCCCUUGACAAACCCAAGAGAGAGGUGGAACACAUACCUUCGUCACCAGUUUGCAGAAAGCGAAUACUGCAAAGAGAGACAAAGCGCAGCAGGUCGUUGGGUUGUGCAAGGAGCAACGCAGCCAUUAUGUUGACAGGAGAAAAAUUAAUCCAUGGUGAUAGAAACCCAGUAGGAUGUUAUGGCACUUGUACAGGAAGCAGCGAUUCUCCUUUCAUCUUGCUCCAGACUGAGCUUGCUCCAGAGGUUCGCCGUGUGCUAGUGGCAAAGGCUCUUACUGUGGAUGUGGAAGAGGAGAAUCUAAGGAAUGCCGUUUCAUUGUGGCAGACAGAGCUAAAUUGCAGAGAAGGUGCAUGGGAGAGGCUGUGCAUAGAGCGCAAUCCAGUGCUGCUCUCUGCUCUUAUGUGGUCAUGGUUGGAACAGCUGAAGGAGCCAGUCAUCACCGAAAAGAAUAUAGAGACACUUAGUCAGAACAGCCACAAUCCUCUACAAGCCCUCAGCAUCAUGGACAAGGGCCACAAAGAAACCCUUCUGUGUAUCCUGGACUGUGCUGCACAUUUAAUGAAACUGCCAGACGAAGUUGAAAUAGCUGUUCUUCAUCGUACAAUCAAGGCAUUCACUAGGGUUACCAAUGGUUCAGAGAAUGGACAGCUGAUCUAUAAACAUCUCAUGGAUAUUCUAGUCCCAGUUUUGAGUGAUAUGAGAAGAAAAGUGAUUGAAGCCAUACAAAGUUGAGUGUCUACGCCACCACUCAUAAUCACCCUGGUCAUUGUGGCUAGACACACAGACAUGUAAAAAGUAAAUAGACCUCUUCGGUUUUAUGAUAUAAAUGUAUGCCCUUUAAUUCAUUUCUGAUAAAGUAAGGUUUUGAUUUUAAUAUUUUAUUAAUAUGUCACUGAAUUUCCUUUAGUGGCUUUAGGAGAAACAACAUCCUUUUGCACACAAUGAGAGUGUUGUUCUCAACAUAUCUUCAAACAGCAUGAAGAUGUCUUUCAAGCCAACUAGGCUGCCACUCUUUCCUGUAAAAUGAACUAUAAUUCUGUUAAGGAUAGAAGGAUUUGCUUUAGUUUAGCUAUAUGUUUCUGGAAUAGUACAACCACAGAUUGAUCAACAGUCCAGCACCUUUUAAAAUUUCUUUUUUGAUUUGAGAUUUUUUUCAAAAUUUGACGAAUCUGAUUUCCAACUAUGAAGUAACUUUUAGAUAUUAUCCAAAAUGUUCAAUUCAAUUCAGUUUUAUUUGUAAAGCACUUGGCCAGUAUCGCAACACAGCUGUGCAGAAAUAAAACCUUUGAACACUUUGAAUAUAAAAUUCUAUAUAUA